AUGUAAUAAACAAAUCUGAAAAUUUGUGAUAAAAUUUCCUAACUGGUAAACAGGCCAAAAAGAAGCGAAUAGAUUAACAAAAUCUGCAGACCUGUGAAAGUCUUGAGCAACCACUUCCCAGUAUGAUUAAAUUUUAAUAUUUAGUUUGAAUUCAAAGACAAAUCAGCUGGUUUAAACAUUUAUGCUGUCAGCUUCUCAGAAGAUGUUCCUUAAGAUAGCAGAGAAGUCAUAAGUCAACUUAUUAAUCUCUCAAAAGAGUAAUUCAAAAAGGCAGGCCUUGAAAGAUUCUCUGUAUAAAUUUUAUAAUAUCCCUUUUAGAUUAGAGGUUUGAAUAUUUGGAGCCCUCAAUAUGUCUAAGAAAGAAUCAUCAGUGAAGUAACUCUAGAAGGAAAAAAACAUUGUGUUUAUUUGAAUUUCACAAAGGCAAUCGAUUUCUAAUAUCUUGAAGGGUAAUAAUUAAUUAAAUUUUUAGGGAGAACCAAGAUCCUUCCUUAAUGUAACCACUACAAUAAGCUGUGAAUGUGUAGGUUAAAAAGGCUCUCAAAGACAUGGGAUUAAGGGAACUUAAUAGGUUAUCCUAAUUCUUCGAUCCAAAGUCAAUCGAUGCUAAUCCAGUUCAGGGCUUCCCACUCAAAGUAUGGCUAGGAUAUAAGACAUCUCUGAAAUUAACAUCAACCAAACCUCAAUUGCUAAUUGAUUAUGCUUCAAGAGUCUUGAGUACCUAAUCAGCAUUGAAUUUCAUCAGAUCUUUUAAUUAGAAUAUUGGAUAAAUAAAGGAUGAAUUAGAAGGGAAGUCAGUGCUUGCUACCUAUGGUAAUUACAGACUAUACAAAAUUUCUACCGUUGAUUUUAAGAAAACACCAAAGUCAACUUUCCAAUUGGAUGAUGGAAAAUAAAUCACUUAUGCUGAAUAUUAUUAGGAAAGAUAUAAGAUCAAGAUUCAGGACAUGAAUUAACCUCUUUUAGAGAGUUUAGAUAAAAGAAAUCCAGAUAAAAAAUUUUACUUGAUUCCAGAGUUAGUUUAUAUGACUGGUUUAACUGAUGAUUAAAGAUCAGAUUUUGGAUUAAUGAAGGAAUUGGCCUAUUAUACAAAAAAAGAACCUGGAGAAAGAUUAUAAAUAAUUUAAUCCUUAUUGUCUAAAUUGCAAAAACAAUUGAAUGCCCAUUAAAUGACUUUAAAAUCUGACUCUUCCACUCAUGCUUAUAUUGUUCAAUAACCAUAACUAGCAUUUGGUAAUGGAAGAAAAUUAGAUGCAGAUUCAACAGGAUUUUUCAUUUUAAAAGAUCCAGUUUAUCAAAGUGCAUAUAUUAAAGAUUGGAUUUUAAUUUAUUAAUCCAGGGGAAGAUAAGAUGAUGAUCUUGCAGAUGAUUUAGUAGCAGAUCUUAAUUAACAAGGAGGUAGAUUGGGAAUCAAAUUUGAUAAACCCUUCUUUAUAAAUAUGAAAGGCAAUAAACCUUAGGAAUGGAUUAAAGAAUUGUAGGCUGAAUUUAAACGAGGUAUCCCAUCACUUGUGGUCUCACUUACAGAUAAAAAUAGAGAUACAUCCCUUUACAUAGGCUUAAAAGACUUCUUACUCUCAUAAGGUGGUGCUGGAGUUAUCCACUAAAAUGUUACAACUAAGUCUUGUAAAAACAAAAAUAGAUAAAGUAUUGCAUCAAAAAUUGCAUAAUAAAUAAGUGUAAAAUUAGGAAAUCCACUCUGGGUUAUUCCUAAAGUAAAAGGAAUCUCAGAAAAAAUCAUGAUUAUUGGAAUGGAUAUUUACCAUAAAUUAGUUUCUGGAAAAUAAUCUUGCAUGGGAUUUGUUGCUCAUUUUGAUUUGGAAUGCAAAACAAGUUUUUCAAAAUCAAUUAUUAUGAAAGCAGGAUAAGAAUUCAAUUAAGCAGUAGGAUAAUCAUUUAAAGAGGCUUUAUAGGCAUAUUUUUUACAUUAUGGUAAAAAAUAAUUACCUGACACCAUUUUGGUUUACAGAGAUGGAGUUGGAGAUUCAUAAAUUCAUACUUUAAUGUAGACAGAAUUAGAAUAAAUUAAAAGGAUCCUUUCCACCUACACAGCUGGUUACAACCCUCAAUUUGCCUAUAUUACCAUAAAUAAAAAGAUUUCAGAUAGAUUCUUUAUGAGUGUAGAUGAUGCUCCUCCUUAAGCAAGAAGAAAUAAUAAAAGUCCUUACAUUAAUCCAGUCUCUGGUUUAGUUGUUGCCGAUAGAGUAACAUCCAAACACUUUGACUUUUUCUUAGCUGCUUAAUAUGUGACUUAAGGAACUUGCACUCCAACACAUUAUACAGUCCUAGAUAAUAAUACUUAAUUCACAGAAGAGAUGUUUUGGUAAAUUACAUACUAUUAAUGUUUCAAUUAUUGGAAUUGGACAGGAGCAGUGAAGGUCCCUGCAUGUGUUCAAUAUGCCCAUAAAUUAGCUUUCUUAGUUGGAGAUACCUUCUAAAAAGCUGUUCAUUAAAACCUUUAAAAACAAUUAUUCUAUUUAUGA